AUGGCAUCAUUUGUGCCAUCACUUUUCGUAUUUUUCUUUCAUCUCAUUAAUAAUUGGCCAAAAUUUGCCGUCUACAUUUUCAACCAUUCGAUAGAUAGAACAUUAGAUGCAAUUAGGAGAGCUUCACCACCGAAUGAAAUAAAACGGUCUUUCCCGACCAGCUCAUCUGUGGAAGAACUUAUUGAAAUUAAAUGGAAUAGGCUUGGGAAGCUGAAAUCUAAUGGAAGAAGUAGUGUUUUCGCAAACUCAGCUACCGAUUUUCGGAAACAUUAUGGACUGGUACACUUGUCAGCUUGUUCAAGUUUAUUAUCAAAAUGGCAGAAUAGAACGAUUCAAAGUUUUGAAUGGACAAUCUCAGAUCAGUACGACCAACAACACUUCUAUUGGAUCACGCAAGAAUGUCAAACAUAUUGGAUCGCUCCAAAACAGUCAAAAUAUGUCGUGAAGAUAUCAGCAAAAUUUGUGGAUCAUAAAAUUCUCCACGGCGAGACAAGAAUCAAAGUUCGAGACUAUUGGAUAGGAGUAAUUGGUGAUUCAUUUGCUUCUGGAGAGGGUAAUCCGGAUGUUCCGGCCAAUGCACUCGGCAAAACAGUGGCAAAAUGGCUUUCGAAUCAAUGCCAUCGAAGUUCUCGAUCCUGGGCCUAUAAAGUGUACGAACAGGUGAGUAGUGCAAUUGUAGAGCAAAGUGCGGUACAUUUCACCUACUUGCCAUGUACUGGAGCAUCUGUUGACAAUGGAAUUCUUGUUCUCUUUAAUAGUACAUCACAAAUCAAUGUCCUGGAGCAAAUAACACAUAUAAGAGGCACUGGUCCAGAUCUGCUGAUGAUGUCAGUUGGCGGUAAUGACAUCGGAUAUUCAGAAAUAUUGUCCACUCUAAUUGGAGGUCCAACAGGUCCUCUGUUCUCCACGAUUGAUAUGCGCUUCUUCUACACAUCGUAUCAGCUAGAUCGAGUUGCAAAAGCUAUUCAAAAGUUGAAACCAAACCAGGUUGCAUUCAUUAGACUUUGA